AUGAUUUCAACACAACCUCCCAAGCACCGCGAUGAAUUUAGAGUAGCAAUCAUGUGCGCUCUAUCUCGUGAGGCGGAUGCAGUGUCGUUACUUUUCGACGAAUUUUGGGACGAGGCGGGUGAUCCAUAUGGCCGAGUGAAGUCAGACACGAAUUUCUACAUCACUGGACGCAUCGGAAAACACAAUGUCGUCUUGACGAUCAUGUCCGGAAUGGGUACAAAUAGCGCGACUUACGCAGCAGUCAACUUGAGGGCAAGCUACACUGGUCUGCAACUGAUUCUCCUUGUUGGCAUCUGCGGUGGCUUGCCACGCAUAGGCGACAAAAAUGCAUAUCUAGGAGACGUAGUAGUGAGCAAGCAGAUUGUCGGAUAUGAUAACAUGUUUGACGAUGGUACUGGAAGACCUAACGCAGAUGUACGACCAUUGCUGGCAGUACUGGAUACAGAGUUCAUGGAGAAACGGUUGAAAAUGGCGGCUGCAAUCUAUCUGAAGGAAUUACAGCAAGAGGCAAAGGAACAAAUGCGUCGAGCCGAAUAUCAUUAUCCCGGGGCAAAGAACGACGCUAUUUACCCGCCCGAAUAUUCGCACAAACACAAAGACUUAUGCCGUGCAUGUGCUGAAGACCCCGACUUCUUUUGCAGAUCAGCUUUCCAAUCUUCAUGUGUUGAGAUUGGAUGCGAGCCGGAUAAAUUGAUCCCAAGAGAGCAUAGAGAGGAUCUCCCCAUAGGUGCUGACUUUGCCCCUGAGAUCUUCAUCGGUCGACUAGGUUCGGGCAAUACUGUUAUGAAAAGUGGCUUAGACCGUGAUCGAAUCGCCGCUAAAUAUAACGUUGUUGCAUUUGAGAUGGAAGGCGCUGGAAUAGGAGAAGAGUUUCCCUGUAUUGUUGUCAAGGGCAUAUGCGACUAUGCAGAUAGCCACAAGAAUAAGACAUGGCAGAACUUUGCUGCUGCUACGGCUGCGUCUGUUGCUAAGGCUAUUCUUGCAUGGUUCCCAAGCAGCAGUGGCGGCCAGCAUGAGCCUUCACCGAAAGCAUAUCACGAAUCAAACGAGCUUAGCGUCGCCAACAAUGCACUUGUAGACACCGCUUGGGUCAGUCAGGGUGAUAUCCUAGGAAGCUUGACAUACAACUCUGAGCCGGUACAAACGCCUGAACAGUUAAGUAUAAUUGAGGUUCAUCGCAGGUAUCUAGAUAAUAGUACUGAGUCUCCAUGA